AUGCCGCUUCCCCCUCUCUAUGACCCCGACGCCGUUCGCCCCAUGUGGGAGGAACUCUCCGACUGCCGGGUGAUGCCGCUGCAUCAUCCCGAAGACGUGGACGAGAUGCUGGCGAAGCCCGGAACCGCCCUCAUGGUGGUCAACUCGGUCUGCGGCUGCGCCGCCGGCUCCGCCCGGCCCGGCGUCACCAUGGCGCUCCAGCACACCCGGAUCCCGGACCAGAUGGGGACGGUCUUCGCCGGGGUGGACCGCGAUGCGACCGACCGCGCCCGCGGCUACAUGACCGACGUCCCGCCGUCGUCCCCGGCCAUCGCGCUCUUCAAGGACGGCCAGUUGAUCCACAUGCUCGAACGGCGGCACAUCGAACGGAUGGCGCCGGACAUGGUCGCGGCCAACCUGGCUGCCGCGUUCGAGGCGCAUUGCGAGACCGAGGGACCGUCGGUGCCGCGCGAGGUCUGGGAACGCUCCGCGCGCGAGCGGAUGUGCGGCUCGAACGUCCCGAUCUUCAACCCGACGUUCCGGUAG